AUGGCCGAAGGCAGCAGCAGCAACAUCCAAGCCGCCCUCAACCUAGGCGACGCGGUGCCGCAAAACGCCAAGAUCACCAUCAGCCAGGACGCGCCGCGCCACGACGACGCGCUGGGCAUCCAGCUGCCGACAAUCUACAUCAACCCCGUCGUCGUGCCGAAGGAGGAGCCUGUGCCGGCGCCCCUUCCAAAGAAGCCCAAGGAGCCCAAGGAGAACGGCACGAAGAAGGAGCCAAAGGCCGAGCCCAAGGUUGAGCCCAAGGUGCAGGUCGUGGAGCGGGUGCAGCAAGUGUGGGAACGCCGCCCCCACCCCCUCCUCUGGGUCACGCUUGGGCUCAGCAUCGUCGCGCUAGUUCUGGGUGUGCCGAAGGGCAGCCUGCCGACCGUGACGGGUCGUCACAAGGCUUUGCGCAGCCAAGAGUUGCUAGUCGCAGAGCGCCUCGCCCUCCUCUCCCAGCUGUCCCUCUUCCUGCCCCCACCCCUCUCGGGCCUCCUGACCUCUGACCAACUCUCGCUCGCGCAGUUCCACGCCCUAACCUCUGCUUCCAACUUGCACGCGGCGCAGCAGCGCACCUGGUGGAACAUCCAGGACUUUGGAUCCGGCGCGAGCCUCCUGACCGCCCAGCGGGACGGGAGUGAGCGCGAGGUGUGGGUCCUCCAGGUCCCCUCUACCUCUUCCAACUCUCUCUUCUCGACCUCCGAAGGCAGCGAGAAUGGGGACAGAGUGCUCCUGGCCGCUCUGACGGGCAGUUUGGCUGCGAGGGAGAAACUGAUCCAGGAAUUGCAGGUCUGUCGCUCCCCGACGACUCGGGCUUUACCUACGGUCACCGUGGGUGCUGGCAGCGGUGGUGGGGCUGGAGGAGCAUGGAGGGAGAAGGAGCGGGAGGAUGAGUGGAAGCUGGACAGGAUGAGGGAGCGCGAGGCCGAACUCGAGGAGCGCGAACGACAGGUUCUCAAGCGCGAGAAGUGGGUUGUCGACGAGAUGCGCAAGAUGAGCGAGCGCAGCCGUGCCCAGGCGGCCGAGAUUCAGAUGGAGGAGAGGAUCGCAGACCGCCUCAAGUAUGCCUCACGUCACUGA